GUCACACCCAAACAAGAAACAGUUUGCUGGUGAUUACUACCGGAUGGUUCAAACUAAGUGGAUUUCUGUCUUCAAAGCUAACUUUUAUCAUAAUGUCUCAGGACGCCUGGUUACAAAAUUAUGAUGCCACUUGUCGGCUGGCACAGGAAAUAGCAGAAAACAUCCAUGAACGGAACAGGCAGCAGAGAACAGGGGGAAACCCUGCAAAGAUCAACAUGACACUACGUGCAUCACUGCAGAAGCUCAAACAGAAUAUUGCUCAGCUCAAGGAGAGUUUGUUGCGAGCUUCAUCGUCUCGGCGCAUAAUGCAGUCAGAAGCUGACAGGAGGCAGAACCUUAUUGAUGACCUUCUAACCAGGGAGAAGCAGCUCAAUGCCACUUUUAAAGGAGACAUCACAGAGCCUGAACCUUCCAGGUCGACGCUGAUGUCCGGAGGGGCGGGAGCAAGUGGAGGAGUUUCUGUCAAUCCGUGGCUGAUCAACGAAUCAGAGGACACCAAGGGGCUGACUUUUGGAGAGAUCAAACAGCAGCAACAGCGAAUCAUUGAAGCCCAAGACGCUGGCUUGGACGCGUUAGCAGCUGUCAUCAGCCGACAGAAGACAAUGGGACAGGAGAUUGGCAAUGAGCUGGACGAACAUAAUGAAAUCAUCGACGACCUCGCACAUCUUGUGGACAAGACGGACAACAGGAUUCGUAAUGAGACACGAAGGGUGAAGCUGGUGGAGACAAAAUCAGCCUCUUGUGGGAUGCUGGUGGUGAUCGUGCUGCUUCUUAUAGCGAUCGUAGUGGUUGCUGUGUGGCCCGUGUAGCUGAGGAGAACAGCGGACCUGUUUCGGAUGUCCACAGGGGGGAACGUUUGCACCCACAGACACACACUGGACACACCUUCUUCUCUCCACUGGUUUUAUUUUCUCAAUCUUGCUCAUCACACACAAAGGUCACUGGUGACUUUUCAACUGGCACUGUGAAAUGAAGACUUUGGUGCUUUAAUCAGCUCGAGACAACACAGCUAAAGUAUGUCAGUCAGGUGACCCCAAAGGAGACAGUUUCUUUGUAUUAAAUAUAUAAUGUAUAGGUGCAAAUUGUCCUGUUUAAUAGCUGUCUGGCUCAUUAAGUUGACUAUGUAUCUAACAGUUUAAUUAUUUGUAAGCAUUUUGGGGAAUAUUUUUAGCCUGGUAUUUGCCUAAUGUUGACCUAACAGUAGGACCUCCCACAGGUAGCAGGAGCUUUCCUUUAAUGAGUCUGUCUGUGGAGCGGGCUGACGCUCACACCGGCUGCAGUAAUUCCACAAGCUUUGCAAUAUUCAAACUCACUUAUAUUUACCCAUGCAUUACUGUAGCAGCUGUAAUGUUAUCAUUUGUCUUGGGAUUUUAUAAUGUUUAUAGAAUAGCUCACAGCCAAAACAAACAUCUCGACUGUGUUACUGACAUGGCUGUUUUCCUUCCUUGUAAAUCAAUUCAGCUUGUAAUUUCUAAUAAAUGACAUUUCCAGUUAAUAGUC